CCUUUGUGAAGGUAGCCAACUAUAAAUGCGCUGGGUAGGAUAUUUUCAGUUUUGGUGAUUAUAGUUGGAGGAAGCAUGAAUGUUGAAGAAGAGGUUCAGCGGCUCAGGCAAGAAAUCAUGAGGCUUGGCAAGGUCCAAGAAGAUGGUUCUUACAAGGUAACAUUUGGAACACUAUUUAAUGAUGACGAAUGUGCAAACAUAUUUGAAGCACUUGUUGGGACACUGAGAGCAGCGAAAAGGAGAAAAGUACUGACAUACGAAGGUGAGCUACUGCUGCAAGGAGUCCAUGAUAACGUGGAAAUUACACUUAGUCCUGCCUCUGCCGCAUCAUAAACUUGAAACACCAACUUGUUUUUAUGACCCUUGUAAUGGUAUAAUGCGUGCAAUAUAUAUAAGCGUGUGGAGGAGACUUCAGGCAUUAUCUCCUCGUAUUACCAUUCAGGUUGAGGUAAAUGUUUAAGCAUGCAUCAAAUGCUAAAACCAGGAUUUGUUGAUUGCAAUUUUUAUGAAACGAUGUUAUA